AUGUCAACAACAGGGAAAUUUCAGGUUGAAUCCUGGGAUGAGGAGAGAGAUGGUCAACUGAAUGAACACAACCUAAAGAAAAAGCUCCAUGAUCAGGGAUACUCCUUCUUAAGAUACACCUUCCCGUCUGGUACAGAUUUCCCUAAUCACACCCACUCAUACGAGAAAAAAGACUCCAUAUUGACAGGGCAAUUUCGAUUUGCCAUGUUUGGCCAGGAGGUGGUUUUAAAGCCGGGUGACAUGGUUGUUGUCCCUGCUAAUGUUGUUCACAGUGCUUCAGUUGUUGGCCAAGAUGAUGUAGUGUUCUUUGAUGCUUCUAAAGAAUGA